AUGGCAGAAAUGGAAGGGGUCGAGCAAGUGAUGAGAGAGGAAGAAGAGGAAGAAGAAGAAGAACAUGAGGAAGAAGAGGAAGAACAAGAAGGGGAUAUAGUCUCAGGGCCAUGCUACCAGGUCAACAGUGCCGUCACUCUCCAGCAAUCGGACCUCUGCGAACUAUACACAUGUCUCCAUUGGAGAUGGAAAUCCGAGCACACGUGCUGGUCUUACCUCGAGAUCAAACAGAUGAUCGGCCACGCCAGCCUCAAGCUCGACAAGAACGAAUAUCAGCAUCUAGACCUCAAUGACGUGAUCAUGUGCUUGCUCGACGAAGAGGAUGAUCUCACGAAAGCUGUGAAGGUUGUCGCUGAGCAUAGCAAGGAUAACUUUGUGAAAUGGAUCCCAUCCCUUUAUAAACGUGGUGUGGAAGCUUAUGCUGAAGAAACGAAGUUGGCUAAACAGCAAGAGGAUGAGUUAACCGCUCGGCAAGCUGCCAUGGGGACACCGGCUGCAAAAAAACGCCGGAUCGGUGAGUUCGAUUCGAUUGCCACAGUGUUGGAGGGAGAAUCUAGCGGGAGUCACAGGGUCAAGGCGGAAGCAAGUAGGACUCGAACCGGAAGCGUGGAGGAUGACGAGGAGGGUAUGGUGACGACAGGAUAG